AUGUGUGCUUUCUGCCCACCCACUCUUAACGAGCAUGAUUAUCCGGCUACACCUUGCGCUACAUAUGUUUCCUAUCGGAAACAUCAUGCUGUCUCUAAGAAGAUCCCUUCUAUUCCCCCAGCAUCUCUUUCAACAGACUUCCUUGUCAAAUGUAUCCUCGAUGCCUAUGCACUGUAUGUACUCGUGCAUGUCUUUAACAUGGUACAACACACCACGCUAGAAGAUGAAGACAUGCCCUGUACAGCACCCUGGGUUGUCGACAAAGAUUGGGAGAUAUGCGACUACGAGGUCGUUGCUGUCGAUGACAAGAGACAUAUCUCACUUAAUAAGGACGAAGGUCUUUACAAGGACCCUCGUUCAGGUAGCCUCAUCGAUGAUAAGGUUGCCAUUCAUUGCCUUGAGACAGUUGAACACCAUCACUUUACGGUUCUUGCUUGGCGACCUAAAAAGGAUGGAGUCGAAACAUUGCCAUUCCUGGACCGUGAGGGUAACAUCUUGCCCAUUUCUGGGCAUAAUCUCGAGGACCUGCAGGUAUCGGUUGGUAAGAUCGCGACACAUCCUUUCAGUAGCGACAGCAGCAAAGAUAUAUUGCAGCAAGAGAAUGCUGAAUUGAAGGAGAUACUCCGAGAGGAAGCAAUCAAUGAUUUG